UGUUUUCAUGAGCUCCGACGGAGCGGCGAUAGCGGCCAAGCUCGGUCGCGGAAACAGGUUAUCUGCAAUGGAAAACGAAUACCAGGUUGUUCUGCCCAGUUUGCCCACAGGUCGGUUUAUUUUAAAUACCGUGUUUUUGCACGCGGACGUCAGUGCUCGGCCCUACCGGGUAGAAGACUUUCGCGACGCUCUGGCUCAACAUUCGGUACUCCCCGAGGUAGUCGCCUUGGGGGCGUACCGCAUGAGCCAUGUGUGGGCGGUCACCUUCAAGGACGCUGAAACGGUGAAGAAGCUGGUCAGCAUCGGUGAACUGCAAGUUAAAAGCAAGCGCUGUAUCGUCAUCGACCCGGCCAACAGGGACGUCCGAAUGAAGGUGCACUGGCUGCUCCACAGUGUGCCUGACGAGGACGUGCGCCUUGCCUUCACGCCUUUCGGUAAAGUCACCGACAUCGUCAGGGAGCGCUGGAGGGCCGAGGGAUUGACCGACAAAGGGUCUACAACGAGGCUUGUGACUCUGAAGCUGCACUCCGGCGUCAAAAUCGACGACUUGCCACACCAGUUAAGUGUGUCCGGUGAGCACGCCCUUGUUGUUGUGCCGGGCAGGGCUCCGCUCUGCCUUCGCUGCCGGGGCACAGGCCACAUCCGCCGCGAGUGCCGCAUUCCGCGAUGUGGCUCUUGUCGGCGAUUCGGUCACGAAGACGGCCAGUGUGAACGAACGUACGCCAGCGUGACAGGGCCCGGGGGCAGCGACGACACCCCCGACCUGCUCAUGGACGAGGCUGACUUGGAAGAGGCGACGCCUCAGACAAACGCCCGUGAAACACAGCCAUCUACAUCGUCCUCUGUUCCGGAGGGCGAGCGUGAUAAGCGGCAAGUCGACGAAGCCUCCAAGGACCAGCAUGAGCCCGUCAAAGGCGUCGACACUGCACCGACUAGACGGGAUACGGCCCCAGAAGUGCAGCCUCCGGUGAGCGUGAUUGAAUCCGGCGAGAAGUGUAUGGUUUCUUCACACGGCGAAGGGAGCCCGAUGGCCGGAAAGCGGCCGCAUGAGAGCACCGUCGACAGUGAGUCGCAGCGGGACGAUGGUGGAGGCGGCGAGCCACCGACGAAAACGCCAGGUGUAAGACGCUCUCCAUUUAGACCGCGACCUAACAUUCCGGGCGAACCACGGCGGGCGGGCAAUCCGCCUUCGUAAGAGAUGGUUUUUAU